UGACUGCUCCACGAGAUCGGUAGUAAACAACGUUCAGUCGGACAAUUCGGUGGCGCACUUAUGAGAAUUGUAGUUUUUCUUCGUGUGUUAUCAUAAUCGCGUAAAACAACUUUAAUAAUAUUGUGUAAAUUAAAAAGUGAUUGGUUUGCAAUUGAUAAUGUUAACUUGUGAAUUUGUCGGAUUAACUUCUUUCUAAAUUCAACGGAUACAAGUUAUAAAAUAAAGUUUAUAAGGAAAUACCACGGAAUGGUUAUCAAUUGGUAGAUGCAGGAAUGUUACUAUUCUGUAUAGAAUGCCUACGAAGACCAUAGGAUGCUUACUAGUUGGGGUAUUCAUCGCGAUAUGGUUUGGGCAUGUCGAGAAUCAAGCUGUUGCAGACAAUCGUUGCUACUUGGAAAAUGGAGGAUCAGCUGAAAGUUUUUUUGUAUCUGAAGAUGUACCAGUUGGAUCAGUUAUAGGUGUUCUGAAAAUUAAUGGAGAUCCAUCAGAAAAUGGUAAUAUUCAAUUAACUCUUAAGGAAUCCGAUAGUCCUGUAUCUAUUUUAUCUGGUACAAAAGAACUAACUUUAACUAAACUUGUUGAUAAAGAAGGUAUAUCUGGACCUUCUUCUGUAUAUGUUAAUGUAAUUUGUGAACGGAAACAUACCGGUGAUCCUAAUUAUGCUAUUCCUGUGAGUAUAAGAGUUACUGAUGCUAAUGACAAUGCUCCAAUAUUUGUAAACUCGCCAUAUGUACUUAAUAUAUCUGAGGUGACCGUUGUUGGGACGAGAGUGUUACAAGGAAUAAAAGCCAUUGACGCUGAUCAACUUGGUCCAUUUUCUACCGUUCAUUACACUGUACUUUCUGGUCCACAUUCUGAUUACUUCGUAUUUGUAAAUGGAUUAGAAGGGACUCUAGUUUUGAGAAAAGCAUUAGAUUUUGAAACACUUUCAAACUUUACUAUUAGUAUUCGAGCCCAAGAUCAAGGAAAUCCCCCACAGUAUUCAGAUACAGUAAUAUUUGUAAACAUUAUAGACGCUGAUGAUCAAAAUCCAAAGUUUUACGAUGAACGGUAUAGCACCACACUACCAGAUAUUGCAGCUAAAGGUACAAAACUCAGAGUAUUUCCAAGAGAAAUUGCAGCUUAUGAUCAAGACCUCGGGAUUAAUGCAAAUAUAUUUUACACUCUUAAUCCUGAUACCCAAGAGUCUCGAUAUUUUGAUUUGGAUAGAGUUUCGGGAAGUAUUACCAUCAAACGUGCCAUUCCAGAAGAUGAUUUCCUGCAGCCAGCAACAAUGGUUAUUCGGGCAACUCAGUUUGAUAAUUCUGAUCGUUAUGCAUUGGCAACACUAACUAUUAGUAGGCCAGGUACUUCACUUCGAGAACUUCAAUUUCUUCAAGACCAUUAUCAAGCUGGAGUUUUGGAAAAUGUUCCUCUAGAUAGCGUUUUGAUGACUGUGAUUACUAACAAGCCAAAAGACAAACGAUUGAAGUAUUGGUUGAGCAACUAUACAGAUGUAUUUUCUGUAACUGUCAACGGAGAUAUUACUUUAAAAAAAACGUUAGACUAUGAAACCAUGGAUAAUUACAUUUUUUACGUUUACGCUACUGAUAGUUUUAUGAAUACUUCUGCUUUCAUUAACAUAACAGUACUAAAUGUAAAUGAUUGGGAUCCACGAUUUCGAUAUCCACAAUAUGAAUUUUUUGUACCAGAUAUAUCACUAUCAGAACUUCUACCCGGAACAGUUAUUGGCAAAGUGGAAGCUGCUGAUGGAGAUCGGGGUGAUCGUGUUAGUCUGGCACUGCGGGGUCCAGAAUCAAGGCUAUUUACGAUUGAGGAUUCAGGAGAUAUUGUUUUGGGCGAUUUGUCAGAUCUAAGUAUAUCUACAGCUCAUUUAGUUGCUGUUGCUACCGAUACGGGUAUUCCGCCAAGACAAGCUUCUGUACCUGUGAUUAUACAUUUACCAGAUACUAUGAUAAAAGCAGCUGGACGAACAUCCGCUAAUAGUUACACUGUUGUUAUCAUCUUUGGUGUAAUUUUAGGCGUUUUAAGCUUAGUGAUAGUUGCAUUAAUCGUACACAUUCAAAAAAGUAAACGACCUAAAGUGGGACCCCCAGCGACUUUUGACGUACGAAGUAAAUUUGAAGGAUUUAAACAUGCAAAUUCGAUAUACGACGAAAAAAGAUUGGUCGGAGUAGGGACCAAAAUGCAGAAUCCAUUGUUUAAUCCCAAAGAAGAAACAACUGAUUCGUUAUAUACUGCUACAGUUAAAACUACCAGAAUGUUCCCGGGAACUACUGCUACGAAUGGUCGGGGUAAAAUUGGUGGUCCGGUACAACAAGUAGUACCUAGGAACCGUCACAAAUUUCCAGCGCCUGCGCCACCACAAGUUCCUCAAGCAGGAGCGGGUGCCGGUCGAUCUCCUGCAGGUUCUUCUACAACUACAACCACAGCCACUCCAAGUCCAGUGAAUAGGUUUUCUAGAACGCCUCACUGGCCAAAUGAAGCCAUUCCUAAACGUGUGAAGAAACUUAGUUGGGACGACCGUAAUUCUUGUGCUCACAUGACACGUGAAAUCGAUCCAAGUGUAAGUGUAACUCCAGUUGAAGACAAUAGAAGAGAUAACCAUUUAACUGUGUAUUUUUGAUAACAAUAUAUUAUUUGUAAUGAGAUUUAUUUUAUUGUUGGGUAUUUAAAAACCCAUAUUAAAUGUUUGUUGUAUAAUUUUAAUUUUAAUCAUUCAUAUGAGACAAUUUUUUAAAUCAAAACUAUAUCUAUAAGUUAUUUAUUUUUAGAUAAGAUUUACUUAAAUUUUAAAUAUAUUUCAAUUGAAACAAAUUGUAAUUUUAUGAAAAAACUAAUUUCGUGAAAUAUUUAGGUAAUUUGUUUAAAAUUUAAAACGAACACGAUGAAGUCUAUAAACUGUUUUUAAAUUUAAUAUUUAAUGAAUUAAAAUAUUUAUGCUGUACAAUUUUUAUCUUAGGUUCUCUCAUGUUCAGGUCCGUAGGUAUAGAUUCAUAAGUUGUGAGGAUUUUCAGUUUAUAAUCCUCUAUUCCACUAUUUUUAAUAUAAAUUGAUUAAAAUAUUUUUUUUUUUUUAAUUCAACCAACCCUUACCAUAUCUACGGCCCUGCUUAAAUAUGUAUCUUAAUGCUUUUGUUAAUAUGAAAUACAAAUCUAAUCAUUUGUAACAAUAAAUUUUAUUUUAUUACUUUGUACAGACUGAAUUAUGAAAUAAAUAAAAAGAAAUGUUUACUCAAACAA